AUGAAAGGUCAUUUCAAAUUUAUCGGAAGGAUGAUCCAAUUGACCAAGUCAAUAAAUGAGAAACGUACUUCAGUCUCGGGAGAAGGCGCGGAUCCAAGUUGACUUGCUUACCUCUUUUCGUCUUUCAAUAAUUCGUGUUUCCCAAAGAGAUCUGGCCGGCGAAGAGUGAUAAUGGAAAAACCCGUGGAAAGCUUCCCGAUCCUACUCCUCAUCCUCCUGAUCCCCGCCUGGCUUUUCCUGGUCCCUAUCUCCGGACAAAGUGACACCAUAACAUCCUCCCAAUUCAUCAAAGAUGGGCAGACCAUUGUCUCCUCGGCCGGAACAUUCGAGCUAGGAUUCUUCAGUCCACCAAAUUCUUUGAAUCGAUAUGUGGGGAUAUGGUACAAAGCCACUGACCGGACUCCCGUAUGGGUUGCAAAUAGACAAGCCCCGCUGAGAAACAAGAAUGGAAUCCUAAGGACCAUCCUUCCUGCAGGAGUUCUGGCCAUCCUCGACACUUCUUCCAAUCGAACCCUUUGGUCCACCGACGCCUCCCCUCGGCCCGUCAUAAAUCCAGUUGCACAAUUGCUGGAAACAGGGAAUCUUGUUGUGAGGGAGAGAGACGAUGAGAACCCGGAAAAUUUCAUCUGGCAGAGCUUUAAUUACCCGACUAACAUGUUGCUUGCUGGCAUGAAGUUGGGGAAGAACAUGGCAUCAGGCCUUGAAGCCUAUCUGUCGUCGUGGAGGAGCGUCGAAGACCCCUCCCCUGGGGAUUACACGUUCCACUGUGAUAGCUCGGGGUAUCCGCAGGAUAUCCUGAGAAAAGGGUCCAAGGUUGUUUACCGAACUGGGCCGUGGAAUGGCCUUCGUUGGAGUGGGGCACCUAACAUGGUCAACAAUAGUUUGAUCUCAUUCAGACUUGUUAAGAACAAGGAUGCGACUUACUACUACACAUAUGAGCUGGUCAACAAAUCGGUGAUUUCCACCCUGGUGGUGAAUCCAGACGGAGACACCGGGAGGCGGACAUGGGUGGAGAAAACCCGGUCUUGGCAAAUCUACCACUCAUUCAAAGCAGAUGAUUGCGAUACGUACGGAUUGUGUGGCGCGUAUGGUACUUGCAACGUUCUUGAAUCCCCCGUGUGCCAUUGUUUGGACAAAUUCGUGCCCAGGCAUCAAGAGGAUUGGGACAGGGCGGAUUGGUCUGCGGGUUGUGUUCGGGAGGCCGCUCUGAAUUGCACCGGGGAUGGGUUUCUCAAGUACACCAGUGUGAAAUUGCCCGACACGAAUAUUUCGCAGUACAAUGAAACGAUGUCGCUGGGUGAAUGUGAAAGUGUUUGCGCGAAGAACUGUUUGUGUAUGGCGUAUUCGAGCUUGAACAUUCUAAAUGGAGGUAGUGGGUGCUUGCUUUGGAUGGGGGACUUGGUUGACACCCGACAGCUGUCCCAAGGUGGACAAGAGAUCUACAUAAGAAUGGCACACUCUGCCUUAUUAAUAGAGGGAUCUACACAAAGAAAAACAAGAAGGAGAAGAAGAAGAAAAAUAAUUACUGUGGGGUUGCCAUUGAUUAUAGUUGCAGCUCUUGUAGCCAUAGUAUUUGGCACAAUCUUUUGUUUGAAGAAGAGAAGAAUGUCUCCAGAGACUACAAAGAAUGUUUUUGCUGCCCACAAUUACAAGGAAUCCAGUGGAGGGACACACAGUGAAGAUUUGGAUCUGCCUCAGUUUGAUCUCUAUACAUUAACUCUUGCCACAGACCAAUUUUCAGUACAUAACAAGAUUGGAGAAGGGGGCUUUGGACCUGUUUAUAAGGGGGUCCUCAAAGGAGGGCAAGAAAUAGCGGUGAAACGACUCUCUGAGGCAUCAAAGCAAGGGCUUAGGGAGUUCAGGAACGAAGUAAUCUGCAUAACAAAAUUGCAGCAUAGAAAUCUAGUGAAACUUUUAGGAUGUUGCAUUCAAGGAGUGGAAACAAUGUUGGUGUAUGAAUAUAUGCCUAACAAGAGCCUUGAUAUGUUUAUUUUUGAUGAAAAGCAGAGUGGAUUGCUUGAUUGGCCCAAACGCUUUAACAUCAUCAAUGGGAUUGCACGGGGACUUGUGUAUCUUCAUCAAGACUCGAGAUUGAGAAUCAUCCAUAGAGACUUAAAAACUAGCAACAUUUUACUUGAUAUUGAUAUGAACCCAAAGAUCUCAGAUUUUGGGAUGGCAAGGAGUUUUGGAGGGAGCGAAACAGGAGCUAACACUAUGCGCGUGGUGGGAACAUAUGGAUAUAUGUCUCCAGAAUAUGCAAUUGACGGGAUAUUCUCAGUAAAAUCAGAUGUCUUUAGUUUUGGUGUCUUAGUAUUAGAGAUCAUAAGCGGCAAGAGGAACAGACACUUUGUUCAUCCAGACCACCACCUAAACCUCCUUGGACAUGCAUGGACACUUUAUAAGGAUAAUAGAUCAUUGGAACUAAUUGAUCCGGGACUCAUUGGCUCAUGUGAUCCCAGUGAAGUGACUCGAUCGAUCCACAUAGCUCUGUUGUGUGUGCAACAAUCUCCAGAUGAUAGACCAAACAUGCCCUCUAUUGUUUGGAAAUUGAGCAAUGAAGGAGUUCUACCGGAAGCCAAAUUGCCUGGAUUUUUUACAGAGAGGCGCGUGGCUAGUACUGAUGAACACUAUUCGUGGAGAACUCAGAACCUAAGUUCUAUAAAUGACGUUACCAUCACAUUGUUGGAUGCUAGAUAGAACUAAAAAAAGAGCAUGGUCGGGGUUUUGAAAAGAGGCUACUUAAUAUUUAAUACUUCAUCAGUCGAGAAGAAGAACAAGGGUAGUGUGUGAAAAUUCAUUUUGGUCAUAAUUUUGUGACACGGGUGAUUAUGGAAGCUUUAUCAAGUACAAUAGAUGAAAUAGAAAUUAUGAUGAAUAAAAAUAACACAAAACGUGUAAUACAUAUAUAAUGUAAAGUGUGAUAAGCUAAAUUAAAAUGGAUAUCAGGAAUAACAUUUACAAAUGUUG